AUGUCAAGAAAGUGUGCAGUAAUCUUUGGUGCCAACGGUAUUAGUGGUAUCGCCAUGACAAAGGCACUACUAGCCAGUGACGAAUGGGGUCCAAUCAUAUGUGUUUCCCGCAGACCACCGCAGCUAGAGGAAGCCGCCAACGACAGCAGAAUUCAAUUUGUGUCCAUUGACAUGGUAAAGUCUUCUGCGGACGAUUUGGCAAGCAAGCUUUCUGCAGCCGGAGCAGCCGUUGCUCAGCACGCCUUUUUCUAUACAUACAUUGAGAAACAAGAUUUUAAGGAAAUGAACGAUGUCAACCUCAUGCUGUUGGAAAAAGCAUUACAUGCAUUGGGUCUUGUUUCGCCAAAACUCAAGUCUUUCAUGCUACAGACGGGAGCCAAGUACUAUGGCUGCCAUGUGGGUGGAGCCGAAAUGGUCCGAGACCUCCCUUGGAAGGAAGAUGCUCCUAGACUCUGCAAAUCAUGUUUUUAUUAUGACCAAGAGGAUCUUUUGCAUACUUAUGCCGCAAACAAAAGCUGGAGGUACCUCAUUACUCGACCCAAUGUCAUCUUGGGAGUAUCCAAAGUUAAGAAUCUUAAAAGGGAUUUCAUCUGGCCUGGUAACGAAAUCGAGUACACCACUCACUUUGACCAUUCUACCGCCGACAACAACAGUAGAUUCCAACUCUACAUAAGCGUGAACGAUAAAGUUCCCAGUGGUGCUUACAAUAUCAAAGACAAUGACAAAACAACAUUUUCUGAGCUUUGGCCAAAGAUUGCAGAAUAUUUUGGACUUAGCAUCCCUGACCCUCACUUCAAGGAUGAGAAAGCGAAGCACCCCAAGGAACAAUCCAUGUACUGUCAAAUGCCUUUGACAAAGUACGCUCCUGAAAAUAAGGAAAAAUGGCACGAAAUUGCUAAGAAGCAUAACUUGGAUCCAUCUGCUUAUGAUUAUGCAACAUGGGAGUUUGUUGAUGGUACCGCUGGCCGAACUUGGCCAGAUUACCUUUCCAUGGAAAAAGCCAGGCAAUAUGGCUGGAAAGAAGAACGAGACACAUUAAAGAGCUACUAUGAAGUAUUCGAUGAACUGAAGAAGAUGAAGAUCAUUCCAGAGUAG